CGUUUUGCGUCAGUAGGCAAGGCACUUUACGGCCGUCGUGCCGCUCAUGUCAGUCAACAUGGAGGCAGAGGAAUCGGAGAAGGCCGCAACGGAGCACGAGCCGCUGAAAGGGACAGAACAGACACUAGACGCGGAGGAGGAGCAGGAGGAAUCCGAAGCAGCGGCCUGUGGCCGCAAUAAGCGGGUAGUGCCAGGUAUUGUGUACCUGGGCCAUAUCCCGCCGCGCUUCCGUCCUCUGCACGUCCGUAACCUUCUCAGCGCCUAUGGCGAGGUCGGACGCGUCUUCUUUCAGGCUGAGGAUCGGUUCGUGAGACGCAAGAAGAAAGCAGCAGCAGCUGCGGGAGGAAAAAAGCGGUCCUACAGCAAGGACUACACCGAGGGAUGGGUGGAGUUCCGUGACAAGCGCAUAGCCAAGCGCGUGGCGGCCAGUCUACACAACACGCCUAUGGGUGCCCGCAGGCGCAGCCCCUUCCGUUAUGAUCUUUGGAACCUCAAGUACUUGCACCGUUUCACCUGGUCCCACCUCAGUGAGCACCUUGCCUUUGAGCGCCAGGUGCGCAGGCAGCGCCUGAGAGCGGAGGUUGCUCAGGCCAAGCGUGAGACCGACUUCUAUCUUCAAAGUGUGGAACGGGGACAACGCUUUCUUGCGGCCGAUGGGGACCCUGCUCGCCCAGAUGGCUCCUGGACAUUUGUGCAACGUCCUACUGAGCAGGAACUGAGGGCCCGGAAAGCAGCACGGCCAGGGGGUCGUGAACGGGCUCGCCUGGCGACUGCCCAGGACAAGGCCCGCUCCAACAAAGGGCUCCUGGCCAGGAUCUUUGGAGCCCCACCACCCUUAGAGAGCAUGGAGGGACCUUCCCUUGUCAGGGACCCCUGAGGGCCAGGGUGGCCCCUUCCAGCUCCUAGCCCUGCUCUGCUUCCUGUCUACCUCAUACUAGAAUGAUCGUGACUAUCCAGGCAAACAUUUUACUGUGUUUCUCAGACCAAGUGUCUCUGCUAAGGGCCCAAACGUGCAAGUUUUGAGGGCUUCCACUAUCCUCACUCCGAACUCCUGUAUAUGCCUGGCUGAGUCACCUAAUUCAUACUGUCAUACUAGCAUGAUUAUGACUAUUGCAUAUGCUUGUUUUGUUUGACUCUUGGCUGCCUACGUCUAUAGGGUCCCCUAAAAAUCCCACGUUCUGCCCCCAGGAAUGGGCCUUUAUUUCCAACUAGGGGGAUAAUGCCUGCAAUAAUCCCGGCAAUCUUUCUCUGUUUAGCAGUCACAGGUGAGGGUGGUAUUAGCAUCUUUUUUAUGUAGAAAAAAUUGACAGUUAAUGGCGUGGACUGAGUUGGGAAGAAAUACAUUUCCUAAUGUAUUUAUAGAAAAUAAAAAUAUUUUUUAUGCCUUUUUA